GACAGCGAGAGCGAGAGAGCGAGAAGGGAGGCAGAGGAGGCGCGGAGCUGGCGGCGGCGGCGGCGGCGGCGGCGGCGGCCGGAGGAAGAGGAAGAGGAAGAGCAGGCGGAGACGCGGCGCCCGGAGCCGGCCGGACCGAGCCGGGGGCGGGCUAGCUAAGAGGGGCGCGGCGGCCGCGGCGGAAGGGGGGGCGCUCUGCGGAUGGCCAGGUCCGGCCCGCGGGGGGGGUGAGGUCCUCGGACCCCCGCCCGCCCCCCCCGGCCCCCGCCCGCCGCCUCCCCGGGCCCGCUCGCCCUCCGGGGCGGUGGGGCAUGGCCUGAGGGUCCCCCGUCUCCGGGGGGGUGGGGGGUGGGGGGAGGGGGGGAGGGGCCGCGGGCGCCGCCGACCGGGACUCAGCAGCCCCGCCAGGCAGCCGCCUGUGAUGCUGCCGUCCCCCGUCGCCCCGUGGCCCCAUGAUGACCCACAGCCCCGCGUCAAGCGAGGACGAGGAGCGCCACAGUGCCAGCGAGUGUCCCGAGGGGGGCUCGGAGUCCGACAGCUCCCCAGACGGGCCUGGGAGAGGCCUCCGGGGGACCCGGGGCCGGGGCAGCGGGGGACCUGGUAGCCUGGCCUCGGUUCGAGGCCUCCAGGGCCGCUCCAUGUCUGUCCCAGACGACGCCCACUUCAGCAUGAUGGUCUUUAGGAUUGGCAUCCCUGACCUGCACCAGACAAAAUGCCUGCGCUUCAACCCAGAUGCCACCAUCUGGACAGCCAAGCAGCAGGUGCUCUGUGCCCUGAGCGAAAGCCUGCAGGAUGUCCUCAACUAUGGCCUGUUCCAGCCAGCCACCUCGGGCCGCGACGCCAACUUCCUGGAGGAGGAGCGGCUGCUGCGGGAGUACCCCCAGUCCUUCGAGAAGGGGGUGCCCUACCUGGAGUUCCGAUACAAGACCCGAGUUUACAAACAGACCAACCUGGAUGAGAAGCAGCUGGCCAAGUUGCACACGAAGGUGCUUCCAGACACAUACGGCCCCCCCGGGUACCUGUGGAGUGGCAGGUCCGAACUGAGCCUCGCUACGGGGUUGAAGAAGUUCCUGGAGUACGUGCAGCUCGGGACAUCCGAUAAGGUGGCACGGCUGCUGGACAAGGGGCUGGACCCCAAUUAUCAUGACUCGGAUUCAGGAGAGACCCCCCUGACGCUGGCUGCCCAGACAGAAGGCUCUGUAGAGGUGAUUCGAACCCUGUGCCUGGGCGGGGCCCACAUCGACUUCCGGGCCCGGGAUGGCAUGACAGCGCUACACAAGGCCGCGUGUGCCCGUCACUGCCUCGCUCUCACGGCGCUCCUGGAUCUUGGGGGUUCCCCCAACUACAAGGACCGCCGGGGGCUGACGCCUCUGUUCCAUACGGCUAUGGUGGGGGGCGACCCCCGCUGCUGUGAGCUACUCCUGUACAACAGGGCCCAGCUGGGCAUAGCUGAUGAGAACGGCUGGCAGGAGAUCCACCAGGCCUGCCAGAGGGGCCAUUCUCAGCACCUGGAACACCUGCUCUUCUAUGGGGCUGAGCCUGGAGCCCAGAACGCCUCGGGGAACACGGCCCUGCACAUCUGCGCCCUCUACAAUAAGGAGACCUGUGCUAGGAUCCUCCUCUAUCGAGGAGCUGACAAGGAUGUGAAGAAUAACAGCGGCCAGACCCCCUUCCAGGUGGCAGUGAUUGCUGGGAAUUUUGAACUUGGGGAGCUGAUCCGAAACCAUCGAGAACAGGACGUGGUGCCCUUCCAGGAGUCCCCCAAGUACGCAGCCCGGCGACGGGGAACCCCCGGCGUGGGGCUGACGGUGCCCCCCGCGCUGCUGCGGGCCAACAGUGAUACCAGCAUGGCCCUGCCUGACUGGAUGGUGUUCGCCGCCCCGGGGACCUCGUCUGCUGGGGCCCCCGGCCCUACCUCAGGGCCCCAGGGCCAGUCGCAGCCCUCGGCCCCCAGCACCAAGCUCAGCAGUGGGACCCUCCGAAGUGCCAGCAGCCCCCGGGGCGCCCGGGCCCGCUCCCCAUCCCGAGGGAGGCACCCCGAGGAGGCCAAGAGGCAGCCCCGUGGACGGCCCAGCUCCAGCGGGACACCCCGGGAAGGGCCAGCUGGGGGCACAGGGGGCUCCGGGGGCCCCGGGGGCUCCCUGGGCAGCCGCGGGAGACGCCGGAAGCUCUACUCAGCGGUCCCCGGACGUUCCUUCAUGGCUGUGAAGUCCUACCAGGCCCAAGCCGAGGGGGAGAUCUCCCUGAGCAAGGGCGAGAAGAUCAAAGUGCUUAGCAUUGGGGAAGGAGGCUUCUGGGAAGGCCAGGUCAAAGGUCGCGUUGGCUGGUUCCCCUCUGACUGCCUGGAAGAGGUGGCCAACCGCUCCCAGGAGGCAAAGCAAGAAAGCCGAAGUGACAAGGCAAAGAGACUAUUCCGGCAUUAUACCGUGGGCUCCUACGACAGCUUUGAUGCCCCAAGUGAUUACGUCAUCAAGGAGAAGACAGUUCUGCUGCAGAAGAAGGACAGUGAGGGGUUUGGGUUCGUGCUCCGCGGGGCCAAGGCGCAGACCCCCAUCGAGGAGUUCACCCCCACCCCGGCCUUCCCGGCGCUGCAGUAUCUGGAGUCGGUGGACGAGGGUGGCGUGGCAUGGCGAGCUGGACUGCGAAUGGGAGACUUCCUCAUUGAGGUGAACGGGCAGAACGUGGUGAAGGUCGGCCACCGGCAGGUGGUGAACAUGAUACGCCAAGGGGGCAACACGCUGAUGGUCAAGGUGGUGAUGGUCACCAGGCACCCGGACAUGGACGAGGCUGUUCAUAAGAAAGCACCGCCGCAGGCUAAGCGGCUCCCGCCUCCAACCAUCUCCCUGCGUUCCAAGUCCAUGACCUCAGAGCUGGAGGAGAUGGUCUCGCCCUGGAAGAAGAAGAGUGAGUACGAGCAGCAACCUGCGCCGGUGCCCAGCAUGGAGAAAAAGCGGACGGUGUAUCAGAUGGCUCUCAACAAACUGGAUGAAAUUUUGGCGGCAGCUCAGCAGACCAUCAGUGCAAGUGAGAGUCCUGGGCCUGGUGGCCUCGCGUCCCUGGGCAAACACCGACCCAAAGGCUUCUUUGCCACUGAGUCGAGCUUUGAUCCCCACCACCGCUCCCAGCCAAGUUAUGAACGUCCUUCCUACCUGCCUCCAGGACCUGGACUCAUGCUCCGGCAAAAGUCUAUUGGGGCUACAGAAGAUGAGAGACCCUACCUAGCACCCCCAGCCAUGAAGUUCAGCCGCAGCCUGUCUGUGCCUGGUUCGGAGGACAUCCCGCCGCCGCCCACCACGUCCCCACCAGAGCCCCCCUACAGCACACCUCCAGCCCCCUCUUCCUCCGGCCGCCUCACUCCCUCUCCCCGGGGAGCGCCCUUCAACCCCGGCUCAGGUGUCCCCCACCCCGCCUCGUCACCGUCGUCCUUCGAUGGGCCCUGCCCUCCUGACAGCCGUGUAGGGAGCCGUGAGAAGAGCUUGUACCACGGCGGGGCCCUGCCGCCUGCGCACCACCCGCCGCCCCUCCACCAGCCGCACGCUCCGCUCCCCCAGCCACACCACCACCACGCCCACCCGCCGCAUCCCCCGGAGAUGGAGACAGGCGGCUCCCCCGAUGACCCCCCACCGCGACUGGCUCUGGGGCCCCAGCCCAGCCUGCGAGGCUGGCGGGGCGGCGGGCCCAGCCCGACCCCGGGGGCCCUGUCCCCGUCGCACCACGGCAGCGGGGGCGGGGUUAGCGGCGCCUCCCAGGCCCCGGCCCUGCGCUACUUCCAGCUGCCUCCCCGGGCGGCCAGCGCGGCCAUGUACGUGCCGGCCCGUUCGGGCCGCGGGCGCAAGGGCCCGCUCGUCAAGCAGACCAAAGUCGAAGGCGAGCCCCAGAAGGGCGGCGGCCUCCCGCCCACGCCCUCGCCCACGUCUCCGGCGUCCCCGCAGCCGCCGCCGGCCGCGGCCGCCCCGUCGGAAAAGAACUCCAUCCCCAUCCCCACCAUCAUCAUCAAGGCUCCAUCCACCAGUAGCAGCGGCCGCAGCAGCCAGGGCAGCAGCACCGAGGCGGAGCCCCCGACCCAGCCCGAGACCGCGGGCGGCGGCGGCGGCGGCGGAGGGGGCGGCGGCGGCGGCGGCUCCUCCGCGCCGAGCCCCGCCCCGGCCAUGUCGCCAGUGCCGCCGCCCCCCUCGCCCGUGCCCGCCCCCGCCUCUCCCAGCGGCCCGGCCACCCUCGAUUUCACCAGCCAGUUCGGAGCGGCCCUGGUCGGGGCGGCUCGGAGAGAAGGCGGCUGGCAGAACGAAGCCCGCCGGCGGUCUACGCUCUUCCUCUCCACCGACACGGGGGAGGAGGAUGGCGGCGAGAGUUCGCUGGGCCCGGGCGCGCCCCCGGGCCCCCGGCUGCGCCACUCCAAAUCCAUCGAUGAAGGCAUGUUUUCGGCCGAGCCCUACCUCCGGCUGGAGUCCGCAGGCGCCGGGAGUGGCGGCGGCUACGGGGGCUACGGAGCCGGCAGCCGAGCCUACGGGAGCAGCGGAGGCAGCAGCGCCUUCACCAGCUUCCUGCCGCCGCGGCCCCUGGUCCACCCGCUGACCGGCAAGGCCCUGGACCCAGCCUCCCCGCUCGGGCUGGCCCUGGCCGCCCGAGAGCGGGCGCUGAAGGAGUCCGCGGAGGGCGGUGGGGCCCCCCAGCCCCCUCCGAGGCCCCCGUCGCCCCGCUACGAGGCUCCGCCGCCCACGCCGCACCACCACUCGCCCCACGCCCACCACGAGCCCGUGUUGCGUCUCUGGGGAGCCCCCCCGCCGGACCCGGCCCGCCGGGAGCUGGGCUACCGGGCCGGGCUGGGCAGCCAGGAGAAGUCCCUUCCGGCCAGCCCGCCAGCUGCCCGACGCUCCCUGCUGCACCGCCUGCCCCCCACCGCCCCCGGGGUCGGGCCCCUCCUGCUGCAGCUGGGGCCCGAGCCCCCCGCCCCGCACCCCGGGGUGAGCAAGGCCUGGAGGUCCGCAGCCCCGGAGGAGCCCGAGCGGCUGCCCCUCCACGUGCGGUUCCUCGAGAACUGCCAGCCCCGGGCCAGUGGGGCGGGGGGAAGGGGGCCCCCCUCGGAGGACGGGCCGGGGAUCCCGCCGCCCAGCCCACGCCGGUCCGUGCCCCCCUCGCCGACCUCCCCGCGGGGCAGUGACGAGAACGGGCUCCCCCUGCUGGUCCUCCCGCCCCCCGCCCCCUCGGUGGACGUGGAAGACGGCGAAUUUCUCUUUGUGGAACCGCUGCCCCCGCCCCUGGAGUUCUCCAACAGCUUUGAGAAGCCCGAGUCGCCCCUCACGCCGGGGCCUCCCCACCCGCUGCCGGACCCACCCACCGCGGCCAGCCCAGCGCCCCCUGCGCCGCCCCCUGCCGUGGCCGCCGCCCCUCCCACGCUGGACUCCACCGCAUCCAGCCUGACUUCCUAUGACAGCGAGGUGGCCACGCUGACCCAGGCGGGCCCCGCAGCUGCUGGGGACGCGCCUCCGCCGGGCCCAGCGGCCCCAGCCGCCCCGCCUCCCCCUGCCCCACAGCCUGGCCCAGACCCUCCAGCUGGCACAGAUUCUGGUAUCGAGGAGGUGGACAGUCGGAGCAGCAGUGACCACCCGCUGGAGACCAUCAGCAGCGCGUCCACGCUGAGCAGCCUGUCUGCCGAAGGCGGGGCUGGGGGCGGGGUGGCCAGUGUGGCCAGUGGGCCGGAGCUUCUGGACACGUAUGUGGCCUACCUGGACGGCCAGGCCUUCGGGGGCAGCGGUCCUCCUGGCCCACCAUACCCACCGCAGCUCAUGACUCCCUCUAAGCUCCGGGGCCGGGCGCUUGGGGCCAGUGGAGGCCUGCGGCCUGGCCCCGGUGGGGGACUCCGAGACCCUGUCACUCCCACCAGCCCCACCGUCUCGGUGACGGGGGCUGGAACCGAUGGGCUGCUGGCCCUGAGUGGUUGCUCAGGACCUUCGACAGCAGGUGUGGCCGGCGGUCCAGGGGCUGUAGAGCCAGAAGGCCCACCGGUGCCCUUGCCAUCCGCCUCCUCCCUGCCUCGGAAGCUGCUGCCCUGGGAGGAGGGCCCGGGUCCACCGCCACCACCCCUGCCUGGGCCCUUAGCCCAGCCUCAGGCCUCAGCCUUGGCCACAGUAAAAGCCAGCAUCAUCAGUGAACUCAGCUCCAAGCUUCAGCAGUUUGGGGGCUCCUCGGCAGCUGGUGGCGCUCUGCCCUGGGCCCGGGGAGGCGGCGGGGGAAGCGGGGACGGCCACCACGGGGGAGCCAGCUACGUCCCAGAGAGGACUUCCUCCCUGCAGCGGCAGAGACUCUCUGAAGACUCCCAGCCCUCGCUUCUCUCCAAACCUGUCAGCAGCCUGUUUCAGAACUGGUCCAAAGCACCUCUGCCGCCACUCCCCACAGGAGGCGGGGGCUCCGCUUCGGCCGCUGCAGCCCCGGGGGCCACCUCGCCAUCGGCCUCCUCCUCCUCCACGUCCGCCCGCCACCUCCAGGGCGUGGAGUUCGAGAUGCGGCCACCUUUGCUCCGCCGGGCCCCUAGCCCGUCACUGCUGCCCGCCUCGGAGCACAAGGUCAGCCCUGCACCCCGGCCCUCCUCCCUACCCAUUCUGCCUUCUGGACCCCUCUACCCGGGCCUCUUUGACAUCCGCGGCUCCCCCACCGGAGGGGCAGGAGGCUCGGCUGACCCCUUCGCCCCUGUCUUUGUGCCACCGCACCCCGGGAUGUCCGGGGGUCUCGGCGGGGCCUUGUCAGGGGCUUCCCGCUCCCUCUCGCCGACCCGCCUGCUUUCCCUGCCCCCGGACAAGCCGUUCAGCGCUAAACCUCUGGGGUUCUGGACCAAGUUCGACGUGGCUGAUUGGCUUGAGUGGCUGGGCUUGGCUGAGCACCGAGCCCGGUUCCUGGACCACGAGAUCGAUGGCUCCCACCUGCCCGCCUUGACCAAGGAGGACUACGUCGAUCUGGGGGUGACCAGGGUGGGCCACCGCAUGAACAUCGACCGGGCUCUCAAAUUUUUCCUGGAGAGGUGAUGGCUGGCCCGGACGGACCAGCCCGUCCACGGAACCCUUGAGCCUGCUGGCCUCUUGACCUCUGAACCCUGACCUUCAUUCUCUCCCUGGGCCAGGGACUCUGCUAAAACUGCACCCUGACUCUUGUCUCCCAAGGCUGGAGGUCACCAGGUGGCCUGAUCUGGCCAGACAUUGGCACCUCACAGGAGGGGGCAGCUGACACAAGACUGUGUGUGUGUGUGUG